AUGGCUUCGCGAAAGAUCCUCGUCAACAUCUCACUUUUAACCGCUCCAGCAGCCGCCAUCUUCCAAGCCGGCUACGGCUUCGCAUUCUCCCAAAACACUGUACCACAACUCUACGACGAGAGGCCUCACCAUAGCACGCCUAUCUUCGCCCGCAUCUUCAAAGCGGGCGCCUAUGUUGCCGUGCCAAUGUCCCUCCUCUCCGCCGCAUCUUCAACCUACCUCUCCAUCCUCUGCACGUCUCCGUUGCAACGACGCCUGUAUACACUAGCUGCGCUCGGCGCAUUCUUACCCCUGCCAUACACAUGGGGGAUGAUGAUGGGUGGCAGUAAGAGGCUGCUUGCGAUCAGUGAGAGUGUUGAGGAGCAGAACAAGAGCGAGCAGACAUUGGAGCAUAGGCAGUUGUUCAAGAGCUGGGCUUUCCAUAACCAUGUGAGGAAUCUGUUGUAUACGGUCGGUGGGUUUGCUAGUCUUUGGGCUGGGAUCUACGGAUGA